CCCCUCCUGGUCCACCUCUCCUUUCCACCCCAUUUCUCCCGUUCACUCACCUCCAUCGACUCCGUUUUCUGUUUUUCCUUUCUUUCCCCCAUCCUCUAUCAUUUCAUAUUUUCGUAGCUGAAACCGUCGAGACCAGAGAAAGGAAGAUAAAACCGAAAUCGGUAUAAGCUACUUUGUGAUUUAAUUGAGUGUUCAUGGCCUCGGAGAUCUCCGAGCGAGUCGAGCUUGCUAAGCUAUGUGGCUCCAGAGAUUGGUCCAAGGCGAUUCGAGUUCUCGAUUCGCUCCUUGCUAAGUCCUGCACUAUUCAAGACAUUUGCAAUAGAGCCUUUUGUUACAGUCAAUUGGAGCUUCACAAGCAUGUAAUUAAGGACUGUGACAGGGCGCUUCAGCUCGACCCUACUCUUCUCCAAGCUUAUAUCAUCAAAGGUCGUGCAUUUUCAUCUUUGGGAAGGAAAGAUGAUGCUCUUCUGGUGUGGGAACAAGGUUAUGAACAUGCUUUGCAUCAGUCUGCUGAUCUGAAACAAUUGUUGGAACUCGAAGAGCUUAUUAAGCUUGCAAAGCAAGACAAAAAUAAUAGCCGUGAAAACCAUGUAACAGAAUCUAGAUCAUCUAAAAAUCUAUCAGAAUCUGGACAUAAUAACAAUAGCAAAUCAAGUGAAACCUCUAAGAAACAGAUCAGUGAGCCUGAGGAUGCAUCUGAUAUCUGCAGCAAGUUUGGAAAUAAUGCUGAACGACUCAAUGGGAUAAGUGACAAAACUGGAGGGAAGUCACCAAUGCCUGUAGCUGAAUCGGAACCUUGUAUGAAUGGAAAAUCAUAUGAAAGUUAUAUGAAUAACCACAAAUUAGGUGAUACCCCCAAAUUACGUACCGAGUCAAGAGAUGCAUCUGACAUCUGCUGCAAGUCUUGGGAUAAUUUUGGCAUGCAAAAUGACUUGAGUGAAAAAGCUGAAGGGUGCAAAAAGGAUGAUAGAGCGAUGGGUGGAGCUCAUAAACAUGAUAAACUAAGUUAUGAUUCUGACUUUUGUAAUAACUUGAUCAAAACAUCAGAUCUGUCAAGUAAUUUACCUAUGCUAUCUAGUAGCUCUGGUGAUACAAGUGAAGUUCGCAGUAAAUCCAGCAAUAAAACUGAGAUACCUAAUGAAGGAGGUGAUGAAGCCAAGAGAAAUAAAAAGUUCUGUGUAACUAGGAUUUCAAAGACCAAGUCCAUAACUGUAGAUUUUCGACUGUCAAGGGGUAUAGCACAGGUUAAUGAAGGGAAAUAUGCUUCUGCCAUAUCUAUCUUUGAUCAGAUAUUAAGGGAAGAUCCGACAUAUCCUGAGGCAUUAAUAGGUAGAGGAACAGCAUUUGCCUUCCAAAGAGAACUAGAAUCUGCUAUUGCUGAUUUUUCCAAGGCUAUUGAAUCAAAUCCAUUAGCUGGUGAGGCGUGGAAGCGAAGGGGGCAGGCCCGAGCUGCCUUAGGGGAAUCUGUAGGGCAGGCCAUUCAAGAUUUGACUAAGGCAUUGGAAUUUGAACCAAAUUCAGCAGAUAUAUUGCAUGAAAGGGGAAUUGUUAAUUUCAAGUUUAAGGAUUUUGAUGCUGCAGUUGAAGAUUUAUCAGCAUGCGUGAAGCUUGAUGAGGAUAACAAAUCUGCCUACACAUAUUUAGGUCUGGCAUUAUCUUCAAUCGGUGAGUAUAAAAAGGCUGAGGAGGCACAUUUGAAAUCUAUCGAACUUGAUCGGAGUUUCCUUGAGGGAUGGGCUCAUCUAACCCAGUUCUACCAAGAUUUAGCAAUCUCGACAAAAGCUUUGGAAUGUCUUCAAAAGGUUCUCCAAAUUGACAUGAGGUUUGCAAAAGCUUAUCAUUUGCGUGGGCUACUGCUUCAUGGGAUGGGAGAGCAUAGGAAGGCUAUCAAGGAUUUAUCAAUUGGCUUGAGUAUUGAAAACUCAAACAUUGAAUGCUUGUAUUUACGAGCUUCCUGCUAUCAUGCUAUUGGAGAAUAUGGAGAGGCGGUGAAAGAUUAUGAUGCAACACUAGAUAUGGAACUAGACUCGAUGGAGAAGUUUGUGCUUCAAUGCUUAGCCUUUUAUCAGAAGGAGCUUGCUUUGUAUACAGCUUCUAAAAUUGGCAGUGAGUUUUGCUGGUUUGAUAUUGAUGGAGAUAUUGAUCCUCUCUUCAAGGAGUACUGGUGCAAAAGAUUGCAUCCCAAAAAUGUGUGUGAAAAGGUUUUCCGACAACCUCCUCUUCGUGAUUCUCUGAAAAGGGGCAGGCUGAGGAAGCAGGAUUUUGCCAUCAGUAAGCAGAAGACUGCUCUUCUAGUUGCUGCUGAUUCAAUUGGCAAGAAGAUUCAAUAUGAUUGUCCUGGCUUUUUACCCAACAGGCGUCAGCAUCGUAUGGCAGGAUUAGCUGCUUUUGAAAUUGCACAAAAGGUUUCAAAAGCAUGGCGUUCUUUGCAAGCUGAAUGGAAACAUUCUAAUAAAAGCACGGCAAAAUAUGGCAAGAGAACUCGGAGAAGAAUUAACAUGCCCAGUCAGAAUAGAGGUGGUGCUGGUUGUAGUUCAAGCGGUUUCUCAGAUUCAUCAACUUCUUAUGGAAUUGCUGAAGAUAAAACAUCUGGUCGCUAUAUGAUGUCAUGGCAAGAUGUUUACUCUGUGGCUGUCAGAUGGAGACAAAUUUCUGAACCUUGUGACCCAGUUGUGUGGGUUAACAAGUUAAGUGAAGAGUUCAACUCUGGAUUUGGGUCUCACACACCAUUGAUUCUUGGACAAGCAAAAGUUGUUCGCUACUAUCCGAAUUAUGAAAGAACAUUAAAUGCUGCGAAGACCAUCAUGAAAGAAAAAAUGUUUGUGCAAAACAAAGCUGAUGAAAGUAUUGAUAUAUCCAAAGAUGAGAAAUUACAAGAUAUAAUGGAUGCAAAAACCUGUUCUGAUCUUUACAAAGUGGUUGGUGAGGACUUCUGGUUGGCUACAUGGUGCAACAGUACUGCAAUCGAGGGGAAGCGGCUUGAAGGUACAAGGAUUACCCUAGUGAAGAUGGGUGAGCAUGGAUAUGACUUUGCCAUUAGAACACCAUGCACGCCUUCUAGAUGGGAUGAGUAUGAUGCAGAAUUGGCAAUGGCAUGGGAAGUAAGUUGGUUUGAGAUAUUGAAGAAUUUGGAUCACCCUCCAACAUGUAUAAGCCAUCAUGCAGCCUACCAUUGCUAAUCCUCUUCCCUGUGCGAAGAUCCUAAAUAACAUAAUGAUCAGGAAAGAAUUCAAUUUUACAGUUAAGUGCAUUGGUGAUAGCAUUGACAGAUAAAAGGUUGACAGGAAAGUGGGGAACAUGAAGGGCAGAUGAUAAUUUAAUGUUAGAUGUGCAAAUAACAGAACCUGUUCCGGAUAUGGGAGUAAAAAAGCCAUCAGCAAUUCUGACACUAUUUUUGGUUAGAGAAAGAGAAUAAUUGAGAAAGCCUUUAGAAGAGUCUGUCAUAUGUCUAUUCGCACUAGAAUCGAUAAUCCAUGGAGCAUUAUUAAAAGGGGAAGCAUUACCUGACUUUACAAAGUUAGAUGUGGCAGGAUGAAGAGGUGUCAAUAUGAGACAAGAGGCGCUUGAGACUCUGAAGUUCAUUAGGGGAAAGGAACUCAGUCGUUGUUAUCUCCUUAAAGGACUCCUCCACAGUUUCUGCUAAAUUAGCUUGAUUUCUGGAGGUACCUCGUUUUCCUCUACAGCCUCUAGUGGGACGAUCAUGUAACUUCCAACAAGUCUCUUUGGUAUGCCUCGGUUUCCCACAAUACAGUGUAAGUGAUCUUUCUCAGAAGUAGGAGGCCGUGGUAUGCUCAAACUAACAGUCAACCCAGCCUUUUCAACUGGUGCAAUAUAGAGCAUAGCAUGUCGACGACUUUUCUCUUGUUGAACAUGGGCGUGGGCCUCUUCUAGAGAAGAGAAAGGAUUUCUUCCCAACACUUGGACCCGAAUUGGAUCAUAUUUGUUAUUCAAUCCUACAAGAAAAUCAUAGUCCCACUCCUUUUUAAUCAUUCUCCGAAAUUUGACUGUAUCUCCGGUGUAGUCUGCCUGGAAGUCUUGAUAGUAAUUAAGUUCCUGCCAUAAGCCACAUAACUCAAAAUAAAAUUGGGGAAUAGUCAUUUCUCCUUGCUUAUUACUAUGAAUCUUAUUCCGAAUAUCAUAAAUUUGGGCAUCAUUCCCAAUCUUAGAAUAAGUUAAGGACAAAGCCUUCCAUAUUUUUGCAGCAGUAGCAAUUAACAUAUAGGACUUAGAGAUAUGAGGUUGCAUAGAGUUAAGUAAUCAUGUCAUAACAAGACAAUUAUCCGAGUCCAUUGAGGAAAAUCUGGAUCACUAUCAUCCGGUUGCUUUUUAUUACCAAUGACAUAGCCUUGCAGUCUUCUAACCUUGAUAAACAACAAACAAGACCUUGACCAAGCAAGAUAAUUGGUUCCAUCAAGUUUUAUGGGACUAAUUUGCAAAGAAGGAUUAUCAGAGUUUGGAAUCGAGACCCUUUUACCCUCUGCCAUGGUAAAGAUUUAUGAAUCGUGAAAGAAUAGGAGGUAUCCAAGGUUGUACACACAAGAGAGCCCAAUCGAUUCACCAAAAGAUCGGGUAAUGGCACGGGAAGGCCGGAAAGAUGGUUGGAAUCGUUGCAGGAGUGAUCGAAGCGGCGAAGCAGCGACAGGCGAUGGGUCAUGAGCUGGGAAGGGGAGGCGCGUGAGCCUCACGCGCGGGCUUUUCCGGCGUCGAAGCUGAUCGAUCGACCGCCGACUGUCCGGCGGUUCUCCUGGUGCCGGCGGUCAGAGGAGGGGAGGCUCCUAGAUGGGUUAGUAUCGAAAAAGGUAGAUCUAGGGUUUUAAAAUCCUAAAGAGGAAAAAUUGAAUUUGGACCAAAAAAUCAGGAAAAGGCUUUGAUACCAUGAAGAAUUUUGGGAAAAUUUUGAAUAUUCUUAUAUUUCACUCUUAAUCUUUACAAUUGGUCUACAUGACUAUUUAUACAUAAAGAAUCAUUUAUAAACAGGAAGCAAAUAAUCAAAUAAUAAUUACAAAGAUAAGUAAGGAUCGUAAUUAGAUCAAAUCAUAUCCCUAUAAUCAGUUAGGGAUCAGCAAAUAAGUCAACAGAUUUUGAAUUUGUGGUUGAAUGCAAUGCAUCUGGGGGAGGUAUAGGGGCUGUUUUUCAACAGCAUGGUCAUCCAAUUGCCUUUUUUCAGUCUGAAAUUGGUUGCAAGACACUUCAAACUAGCGGCGUGUGAUAGCGAGCUCAUUGGGCUGGCUAAAGCAGUCCAACACUGGUGUCCUUAUUUAUGGGGGAGGAAAUUCCUUAUCCAUACUGACCAUUAUGGCCUCAAAUAUUUGCUUGAACAAUGUCUGGCCACUUCUCAACAACAUUGGAUCAGUAAGUUGUGUUUUGAUUUUCGGGUGGAAUACAAGACAUGUUCUUUAAACAAAGUGGCCGAUACUCUUUCUCGUAGAGAUGUACAAGAUGACCAUGAUGGUACUCUAUUUGCCAUUUUGCAACCAACACCUCUGUUAUUUGUGGCCGAUACUC